AUGCGGGCGGUAAUACUGGGUAUCGAGGAAUGGGAGGAGGGGGCAGAGCUUGCAUUAAGCGACUACAGCAAGAAACAUGGGACUGACUUGGAGCUUGUGAGGAUAUUGGAAGGCAAGGUAUGGGGUAAUGGGACCAUUGGUGUUGGCGUUGAUUUUACGAUAAUCCGUGGACUUUGGAAGAAUUCCAAUUUUGAGGCUAGGCGGAAAAAGGCGGAUCCCAGUAGCAAAAAGCCACUCGUGUUCUUCGCUGAAUCAUAUCUCGAUGAUAGGGACAAAAUUGUUGAAGGAAGCAAUAUUAAUCAUGGAUAUGGUUGUACUUGUGCAUCUUGCAUUUGGUGUCCGAGACCAGGAUUUCGUGCUGGAUUUUAUCCCGUAAAAAAGGCCUGCGAGUCGAUCAUAUUGUCCGAACAAGAUGCCACCGAAUUUGCAGAAUUUGCAAUACAGGACUACAAUGAGAAACAUGGAAUAAAUUUGAAGCUCGAAAGGGCUCUGGAAUGCAAUAGUUUUGAAUGCCCUGGUCUUUUAAUGGACUUCACUAAAAAGAAGACAACUUGGGUGCAUAUGAACUUAGUGGCAAGUGUGGGCCCCAAAGAAGAAUUACACGUUUUGUUUGCCGAGUUCUAUUUAUCGGAUGUUGCUGAUGACGAGUAUGUGCUUGCGACAUUGGCACCGGUGGAUACUUCUGAGGAGUAUUGUGUCACUAAAAGAGAUGGGCUGUGGUGUCGUUUCUGCCCAGACGAUAUUCGUCAUCCAAUGAAAGGGCGUUUCUGUUUGCUGGAAGAAGACGAGCCUUUGUGCUUGGACUAACUGAAUGGUUGCUUGUCUUACUUUGUUUUAUGAGUUACCACAUGAUGAUUUUAUGGUGUGUGCUUCUGACAAAAUGAACUCUGAAAUGGAAACUCUUUUGCAAGUCAUUGGGCUUCAAAUUGUUCGUGUUGGUGUUGCAAGUAUUGUGUGGCUGCAAGAGAUGUGAUUGAUUAUUGUUUAGUGUGUAUAUUAUGGUAAAUUCUAGUUUUGUAUCAUCAGGGGCUCCAAUCUCUCUUAUUGAGGCUUAAAUAUAUUUUUUUUUUGUUUAGUUGUGUUUAAGAGGUGUAUACCACAAAUCACCAGUGGAUACUUCUGACAGAGUUGGUUAUUUUUAAUUAAAUGUUUUGUUUAUACUUAACUGAAUACUCAUGAUGCAUAAUAUUCAUUGAUUUCUAUUUGCUAUUUUUCUAUAAAAUAAUAGUUGAUUUCAUUACAAAA